CUAGCUUUCUUAUCAUAUUGCUACAGUAAAAUCUGAAUUUUUACUUGCUUUGGAUAUAUCCCCUGACGGGACAUACACCAUUUAACAACUGCUGUGUCAGAAUCUUCGCGACCCUGCGCCGUGCGCCGCUGGAGCGGCCGCCAUGGCGCUACCAGGCGUUCAGCAGAAGUGUUACAUUUGUUCGGAUGCAGUUACGGAGGCUGACUACCGUAGAGAGCUAACGUGCAGUUACGGGGGAUGCCCUGGAACAGACCACGCAUACCAUGAGGAGUGUAUCACUGAGUAUUUGCGCAAGCUUAAAUUUCCUACCAGCCGAUUGAUUGGGUAUCCUUGCCCUGUGUUACUUGACAAUGGACGCCCAUGCACCGGUCGUAUCACGGCAACUCAUCACAAGCAACCGCUUAACCAGAAGAAGAAGCAAAAGCGUGUUGAAGCUGCCGCAGCUGCCGCAGCCGCCACAGCAAAGCUAAAGCAGCCCGCAGCCAAGGCUAAGGAUGCCAAGGGAGCCAACGGCGUGGGGGCUGCAACUGCGGCCAUGCGGCCGGCGGGUGAAGCUGCACUGCGUCAAGCGGGGGUAAAUGUCGCAAACGUGAAGUCAGUUGCGUCAUCUCUGCCUGUUGUAAAGGGUGCGAACGUUAUGAAGACCGUUGCGCCUGGCAGCGGCGCCGCUGCACGACUCUCAGGCGCAGUCAGCAACAACGUCGCCAUGGCUCCGGAGCGUGUCGUGCGGCAGCGUGUCAUCCCUGGCUGGUCGCCGGGUGACGAGAAGGCGGCCAAGAUGUCCUCCCUGGAGCAGCAGCGGGCCAUGGUAGCGGCACUGCGGGCGGAGGCCAAGAGCGCAGUGGGCCGCAGCAGCACCAAGGGAGCGGUCGGGGGCGGUGGCGGCGGGGCGGCAGCGGCUGCGGGGCGAGGUGCGCUGCCGCCUGCUAGUGCCUUUGGGAUUCUGGCGGCGGACGCCGGUGCUAAGGGCAACGCAGGUAUGCAAGCCCGUAGGCAGCAGCAUGAAGACGAUGAUGGCAGCGGUUCUGGUUCGGAUGACUCUGAUGUCCAUGCCUUCUCCACUUGGCGGGACGGCGACAGUUCGGACGAUGGCUCCAACAUCUUCGCCGCUCCACCUCAGGACUUCAAUUAUAUGCAGGAGGACUUCCCAGCCUUCCCCACCUCGGCAGCCACACAGGCAAAGCCCGCCGCCCAGGCCGCCAAAACUGGCGCCGCAAGCGCUGCUCCCGCCACACCCGCUGCCGCCAGUGAAAUCUUUAGCAGCAGCACUCAAUCUCCCGCAGCGUCACCUCUUGCAACGGCGUCUCCCUCCGCCACCCCAUCCGAGCUUGAGUCUCCGACCGCGCCCGCCGGCGGUGAUGCCGCUGCUUCUGCCUUGGAGGGCGUCGAGGGCUUUCCCGACGACGAGACUGACCCCAUCGUCCGUACGGACCCUGUCUUCGCGACGGAGGACGGUACGGUGGUGGUGCAGGAUGUCUACGGCAACUAUGUACGGAUGGAGGACGUGUACGGGCCCACGCCGGAGUUGAUUGGCUUCAGCGAUGAGGCCGGCAACGUGUCGUACUAUGUGGUGGUACGGCAGUCGGCGGAGCUGGCAGCGCAGGAGCACCAGACCUUGGCGGGCGUUGACAGCGGCUUGGUGGUGGAUGGUGUGGUGACCACCCCUGCCAGCGUAGGUGGUGGUGUGGAAGGACCACAUGAAAGCAGCUGUGACGUUGAACUAAACGGCGCGUUCGCAGUCGCUUCCAACGAUCAAUACCUUGCAGUGGUCGACCCGCCGGCCGCACCCGUUUUAGCGCAACAUGCACAAGCGCCAACGGCCACCCAGCCACAGCAACCGGCCCCUCAGGAGGAAGGCGACCUGAACGACCUAUUUGCGCUUUGCCUGGGCGGUGGCGGCGGUACCGAAGCCGAGCGUGAGGUCACAGCUUCUGCCUUUCCGUCAGCGGAGCAGCCAUUCUAUAUGCUAAUGCCCGGUGCACCGUCAACAGCAUCAGCAGCAGGGGCAGCCAUCAUGCCAGCCUCAUACGGUAUGUACGGCAGCGGCGAUGGCGGCGCUGGAUUUAACGCUUACGGGUACAGCGCAACGGCAGCGGCGGCUGCUCCUGCAGGCGCUGACGGCUACACGGGCAGCAUGCUGGAGCCGCAGCAGCCGGAGGCUGAUGACGUGGACAGCCUAUUGCAGCUACUUUGCGUUUGAAGACGCGUGGAAGCAAGCAAGUAAGCUUCAUGUUUGACUAAGACGCACGGCGCUGCGCAUUCCGGAGGUAUUAAUAUGGCGCAAAUGCGCGCCGGUUGGAUGUGAAGAUUGUAGCGCCUAAACGUGCGUCAGUUUGCAUGGUUGCUGUUUUUACAUGAAUGCUGCUUUCUUGGCUAUGAAGCUCAGCGCUGACCUGGCAGACCCACGUCUGCUAUGGUGGAGUGCCUGACAUGGGAUGCGAUGCAAGACAUGCACGCAAAUAUGGAACCGGAUUUCUCUAUUCCUGUCCGGUUUUGUCCCAUUCGACAUAUGUUGACCCCACAGCCGGCCGAUGCCCGCCGGAAGGGUGUCCGCAGCCGUUAAACAUAUGAAGAGCGGUUGUUGUUACAUUCUGACUUGCCCCGUUGGUCUUGGUGCACAGUCUGGGUUGGCGCUUUGAACGGUUGGUUCCCAACUCCACCGCCGCUGAUGUGCUUGGGAGGUUACAAGCCCCUUAUGACUAUAUGCUGUGUUUGCUUGUUGCGCUUCCUGACUAUGUUUAGAAUACAUCGCGACACAUUGAAUGGACUCCUGUCUUGUCUUAAUACUGCCGUCGUGUCAGAAGGGCAUCGUAUUCCGUACACCGCUUUGCGUCAUGCCUGCCGCGAGGUAUAUGUUAUUGUGCCGUAUCAACUUCUGGCCAUGUAGCUGUCUUUUGCAGAGCCAGUUAUUGUUUGGCAUACUCUUCCCUGCGUAACAUGUGCAACGCCUGUCCACGGAGAUACCAAUAGCGCUCAAUACCAAUAGCGCUCAAGCAAGUCCUGUAAUCCAACCACCCGAAAGAAGCAUCUGCUUGUAAAAGCUAUUCCGUGUGCUCGUUGACUGCUGUAUCCAAAGAGCAGGAGGAUGGCAAAGCAAUGCCUUCUCUGCUCAAGUGCAGUGAAUGCGGACGAUCACUACCGGGACCUGGACUGCUCGUUUCGGAAAUGUCCAGGCGAGAGUUACCAUGAAGAUUGUAUGACGCGUUACCUGCGAAAGAAAGGCCACGGCGGCGAACAGAAGACCGGGUUCCCCUGCCCUGCUAUCCUGAACAAUGGAGACAACUGCCCUGGGACCAUCAUGAAAACCCAUAUCAAGUCCCACACUAACGUAAAGAAGAAGGAACAGAACAGGCUUGCUGCGGCAGCUGUUAACCGCUUGGUGAACACAGCGCGCAAGGAUGUGCCCGGCAAGCCAACCCCUCCACGCCGUGCCGAUCAAGCCGCGGCCAUCGCAGCUCCAAUACGCAAUCCUGCCGCAGCCAAGGCCCUAAGAUCCGCGCUGCCAAAUGCCAAGCCUGUCAUCAACCGUACGACGCAAGGGUUACAUGUAAAAUUGCAUUUUUCGAACGCCAAGGGACAACAUGAUGACGUGGAAACCGAGACUGGUGUGACGCAACCUGCGAAGGGCACCCUAGCGGACUACUUACCCCUGCCAAAAGUUGUGACAGGCCGAAAAGUGCAGCAGCAAGAACAGAACCAGGUUAAACAUGAACUGCAAGCACCGUGGAAGCAGCAGCAGCAACCGAGGCUGCAACCAACUUACGUCAGCGACGACGAGGACAGCACAUGGCACAGAGUCGGCAAACGGACAGGAAGCUCCUCAACGACGAAAACGAAACCGCACAACGGCGCCGCACUGGCGGUGGCCAAGAACUGCGCCAUGGCUCCGGAACGUGUCGUACGGCAGUGUGUUGGCUGGCCGAGCGACGACGACACCCCUGCUGGCGGCGGCAGUGGCGCGGACAAGGGCAAGCGCAUGAACAGCAGCAGCAAGGGCAGCCUGGAGGAGCAGCGGGCGCUGGUGGCGGCGCUGCGGGCAGAGGUACGCGGAGGCGGUAAGGCAGCUGCCGCCGCCGCGGCUGCUGGUCAUAAGAAGGCCGCAGCCGCAGUUCUGGCUGCUGAGAAGCCAGAUGGGCCUACGGCGGAUGUGGCGGCAACAAUGCUGGAAAGGGCCGCGGGCUCCCAAGCCAGCAAGGAACACUCGGAGCCGCUCUCCAUGUGGAAUGUGGAGGAGGCCCCCGGCAGCCCUGGCGGCAGGAGCGACGCAGCCUAUCACGACACCUCCUCGACGCCAACCAACACCAAGCAGCCGUGGUCAGGCGAUGCCUCCGCCGCAGCCCCUACCACGCCUCCUGCCGCCGUCCCCUCCGCCGCCGGCAGCUCCGACUUCACAACUCCCGAUUCCACUACCUCCGCCGGUGCCGCCACGUUUGGCGCUUUUGACCCCGAUGCCGCCGCAGACCAAACGACCGACGCUGCCACUGAGGAGAGCGCAGCCACCUUUGACCUGCACGACUUCGACACGGACCCCGACCCCAUCGUUGAGGCCACCCCGGUGUUUUCCAUGGAGGACGGUACGGUGGUGGUGCAGGACAUGUACGGCAACUAUGUACGGAUGGAGGAUGUGUACGGGCCCACGCCGGAGAUUAUGGGCUUCCAGGAUGAGGCCUCGGGAGAGGUGUCGUAUUAUGUGGUGCUACGGCAGUCGGCGGUGGCGGGCGAGGCGACGACGGAGCAGGUACGACACGAGGAGCAGCAGCAGCCGGCGGCCGUAGUCAACGCGGGUACGGAUUACGGCAAGGUGUUUGGCGCACCGACAGCGGCGGUGCAUGUGGGACUCCCUGCGCUUCAGGAGGAGCAGGGCGCUGGCGAGGAUGGGGGUGGUGAUGGGGCUGAUAACGACUUGGAUGACCUGCUCGCGCUGUGCUUGGGCAGCUUGGGACUCUGAGUGGGUGAGCGCGGUCCUUGAGUGGUGCAAUACGUAAAGCGUUACGGUACAUUGGUGGGUGCAACCGACUCUAUGCGAGGCUUGUUGGAAAGCGGUAUCGUGGCGAGCCCGGGGGGUUUCGGGUUUGGGGUUGCAAAUUAGGACCAAGCGGUCAUGCGUGCCGGUUGUGAUGAUGGUGCUGAAGGGGUGCUGGGGCCACUUUAACUCGCACCCGUAUUGUGGCUGGCUAUAUUGGCUUGGCCACCGAACAUUUACGCCCCUUUCCCGGUAGUAUGCGUGGGUUCCUUCCUAGGUCUAAGGCUCUCCGGAGCUGCGGAUGAGGUAAAGGUAUGCGUGGUUUUAAACCUAAAGAGACUCCGAAAAAUUAGGGCCCAUCUAUGACAACUCGUCUGCGUUUGGAUGGCAGCCACCACCGAAAGGAUGCUGUUGCUUUGCUGUUUGGCACUGCGGUGUGUGGUAUUGGGCACAGGGGCAAAGGGUCCUCACUAGUCAAUGGCACAAAUUCUCCAUGUAAAUAAUGAUGUAUGCUUGGGGCAACGUGAUAGGGCCCAAUGGUUGUGACACAUUGCAUAUUUGAUCGAGUCGUAUGGCAUUUUCAUCUUGGCUGCGCUGCAUCCCAUGCCCGGGACCAACUGCGGAGCGUGUCAAUGGGGUUGUACGGCUCCACGAACAUGGGUUCGGUUCGCCGGUUUGUCAUCAGGCCCUCAGGAAUUCUCGCUGUGUUACGGAGUUACCUGUGGAUUGCUACCAGGUGGCACGAUAAGGCCCACACCCAUGCAAGUAAUCGUAGCCAAUCUCAGACCGACCCACAUGGUAAGGUGGUUCAGGACAUCCAUGCUUGGAUACCAGGUGGCACGAUAAGGCCCACACCCAUGCAAGUAAUCGUAGCCAAUCUCAGACCGACCCACAUGGUAAGGUGGUUCAGGACAUCCAUGCUUGGCCACAAGAGUACCUCUCCCUGAAGUGCCGAAUGCAGAGAAAUGGAUUUGGACAGGUGCUACUCCUAUCCAGCUGGGUGUAGGGACACAAAACGCCCCCUGGGGGGGCGAUACUUCAUUGGGGUGCCCACAUGCAUGCACAAAUGCAUUACAGCAACUGAAAUUCUUAAGGAAACCAUGUCUGCUAGGCCGGGACGCCGGGUGCCCGGGUCGACAUAAGUGACGAGCGAAGCCAAAAUGACGGGUUCCGGGGCCUGUCCAACGUCGCUGACCAAUGCAACCGUAAUGUCAAAUUGUGCUUUCAUUACUUAAUUAAAAACGAGGCUCAUUUGCAGAUCUGAGAGAGAACUACAACGGGGUUUGCAUACAACUACAUUGCCCUAUUCCAACCCUACGCCGUCCUCGCUAGGGUAUUCUAUUUCAACCAGCCGUGUUGAGGGAAAGAAGCUUGUGUCUUUUGCGGUGUACGUUCGGACCACGCGACUUUCUCCGUUAGCGAUGCCGGGGUCAGCUGCUACCAGGGUCUGUGGUCAAUGCAAUGAACCCGUCACAGACGUUGACUACUACAGACAGCUGGAUUGUUCCUUUCCGAAGUGCCCUGGCGAUUGCUACCAUGACGAAUGCAUGGACUCCUACCUCCGCAAGAGGGGACGAGGUGCCGGAACGGAGCAACGGACCAGGUAUCCCUGCCCUGCCACCCUCGCCAACGGCGAGCCCUGUCAUGGUACCAUUCGUGGCACGCACAACAGGGUCCCCACGAACACCAAGAAGAAGGAGGCGGCCAAGGAAGCAGCCGUCACAGUCGCUCGUGCAGCCAACACCCCACGCGCCGCAGCUGGUUCGGCUGCCGCAGGCGCUUCAGGCGCCACCGCCGCUGCUGGCAUGAAGGGAGCCGCUACUGCCGCUAAGCCAUCUGGGUCAGGCGCUACUGCCAAAGCUACAGCUGCAUCCUUAUCCUCAGCUGCGGCCGGCUCUAAGAUCCAAAUCAAAAUCCGCAGCACGGCCUCCUUACCGUUGGUAGUGGCUAGUAAAGCUCAGGCAGCGCCCGUGCAAGCGGUCAAGCCAGCAGCAGCAGCGGUGCAAAACGCUUGGACUAGGACUGCACCCGUUUUGCUGCCGCCGUCGCAGCAGCAGCAGCCGCAUGAGCCGCUUCUUGUGGCCAAAGCGGCCGUCCCUGACGACGCAAAGGAUGCUAAGAAGGUUCCCAGCGACGCACCGCAACUUAAGAAGCAGCAGCCUCAACAGCAGCAGCCUUUGGACAAGGAGGAGGAGCCGCUCAUCCCAGGGUGGACCUGGGCGGGUGCCAAGAAGACCAAGAAGGCGGGGGCUGCCGGCGGUAGCAAAUCCAAGGCCGUUACACGCCCGCAAGACAAUACUACCAGCACUACGAGCACUAAUUGCUGGACCCACGGGUCACAACCCGGCCGGACUGCCUCGGGUGUACCUCCGAGCGACCCCGACGGCAGCGACCACGCGUCCAGCAAUGGAGAUGCUGACGCCUCGACGCCCCAGCCGCCCCCGGCCGCUUUCACUCUCGCGGACGAGGACUUCCCGGCCUUCGCUCCCUCCGCUGCGGCAGCCAUCACUACUACGAAGCCGGCUGCGUCCGCUCCUGCUGACGCCCAGAAGCCAUCGUCUGCAUCACGCGCCACUGGAGUUGCCAGCAGCGCUGCUGCCUCUGACAAGGUCCCAGGCGCGUCGCCUGCCGUCACGCCUCCGGUCGUCGUCAGCGGCGCUGAUGGUGAUGCCGCAGCACCAUCUUCCUGUGCUCGCAAUUGCUCCCCUGCCACGCCACCAGCGCCAUCUGAGGUUGCGGACCCUACCCCUGCCAUUGCCGCCGACGUCGGUGCAACUGCCGACGAGGACGACUCAGACCCCAUCGUUGAGGCCACCCCGGUGUUUUCCAUGGAGGACGGUACGGUGGUGGUGCAGGACAUGUACGGCAACUAUGUACGGAUAGAGGACGUGUACGGGCCCACGCCGGAGAUCAUGGGCUUCCAGGAUGAGGCCUCGGGAGAGGUGUCGUACUAUGUGGUGCAGCGGCAGUCGGCGGUGGCAUCGGCAGCCGUACAGCAGCCGGAGGCGUUACCCCUGCGAAGCUACGAGUCUCACGUAGCAGCACCGGCAACGGCCUACGAUUACCAAGAUCCCAACCCUCGUUGUGCCACUGCCGUGUUACCAUCCGCAGAUCAGCCCUCCCAGACCGCAACCUUGGCGCACGACGCCUUUUUGGGCAAGCAGCAGUUGCCGCAGCAGCAGUGCGUAUUUGAUGUGGGCGCAGGAAACGACGACGACGAUUUAGACGAUCUCUUGGCCCUGUGCCUGGGAGGAGUAUCCUGAAUAGGCCUG